AUGACAGUAGAAGCGACAUCAUUUCUCUCGAAUACCAAAAUUAGUAAUGGCCACGAAAAGUCAGCAAAAUUCUUAAAGAAUCACAAAAACUUGAUCAUUUUUCUGUUGGCAUUUGUGUUGUUGUUGUUUUGUAUUUUAGCAUCCAUUCUUCAGAUAUGGAUUUAUAAUCAGCUGAAUAAAGCACAAGAAGAAAUAGACCAGCUGAAGAGAGAUGUUAUCGAUUUAAAAAGCAAUGGGCCCGACCAAGAUCUCUUGGCUGAGAUUGCUGAGUUUAAUAGAAAGUAUCAUAAUGACGUUAAAGAUCAAAUAGAUUUAGACGCAAAGGUCAGUCUUGUUGAUGAAAAGGUGAAAUUUGAUGACGUCGGAGAAGACAGCACUAAUGAUGAUUUGGAUGCAGAAAAUUCAGACGAAAGUGACGAGGACGAGGAUAAUUAUGAGGAGUUUCAUAGUGGCUAUGGUGAAGAGUAUGACGACGAAUAUGAUGUAGAUACUUCCUUUGAAGACGAGUCGGUAGAUCCCGAAAAGGAAGACGAUGAAAACAAUAUUUACAAAGACAUGACAAAACAUACAAGAAAGACUCGGUCUAUAUCUGAAAUUACAGAACAAGGUGUGGUGGUUCACGAAGAGCCUUAUUCAGCCCGUCGCAAUCGAACAAGAACUUCACCACAGGAUCCAAAUAGCAAACAUCCAAAAUUAAAACUAACAUGGAAUGGACAAUAUCGUAAUUUGCACAGUCCACGAAGAGAGUAUGAAAAAAAUAGACAGCAUAUCAGACAUCAUCAUCAUAAUGGUGACCAAUCUAGUAAAUUUGCAUUUGCUGCCGCACCUGUUCAUCAUACAUUUGUGCCUGGACCAAAAUUAAACGACACUACACCGGAUUCUACAGCAAUUCCAAUUCAGAACCGACAAUCACGUGUUAUGCAUUUUGAAGAUAAGACAAAGGCAUUCAGACAGGUUGUUAAUAAAGAUCAAUUGGCAAAAUUAAAGGAACAACGAAUUCCAGCCACACAGUUUGUCAACUAUCCAAAUGUAAGAAGAAAAUCACAUCCGCAAAAUAUGGCAUUGAGGAAGAAUCUUGAAUUAAAGAAUGGAAAGAGAAUGAAGAUAACAGCUGUUCAUUACGAUGGCGAUUCGACAAGAUUAGAGGAAACGAGACACCAAAGCUUUAAAGGAAAUGGUAAAGUUGAGUUGAAUAAGAAUGAGUAUCUGCAUUGGAAGCCAGCAGAAUGGGUCGUGUCACAUGGAAUGGAUAAAUAUUUUAAUAUGGAUUCUACUGGUACACUCACAAUCAACGAUCACGGUCUAUUUUUGAUUUAUGCUCAAGUCUAUUAUAGUGACACACAUGACUUAAAUGGAUAUCAAAUUCUACUCAACGAUCAUGUACAUUAUCAGUGCACAACAAUGACACAUACUGGCACAUCAGGAAUCUCAAAAACUAAUUCAUGCUAUACAAGCGGCUUAAUUCAUUUGAGAAUCGGCGAUAAAAUACGAUUGCGUGACGUUGGCAAUCAUCGUUCUGUUUUACUGCAGAAGAGUAAAAGCUAUUUCGGUUUAAUUAAAAUCAAUCUGAUACCAGCAACUCAUUCUAACGAAAAUACCGAUGUCGAACGAUUCGAUCAAGUCAAAUAA